AUGAGCUGGGCUGGAGCUCAGAAAGGGGUGUCCUGGGAGGGGCCCCCAGGUGCAGCCCCUCCCCCGGGGCCAGCCAGGGCCAGCUGGGAGGCCCAGCCUGGGCCCAGAGGGGAGAAGGAGGAGCAGAGGGGAGGUGCCGAGGAGGUCGUGGAGAGGGUUGUACAGCAGGGGAGGAACAAGUGUUGGCCAGGACGCCAGCUCCCAGUCCUGACCCCCCGGGACGCCUCCCUCCCCUGGCCCGAGGAAGACAAGUUCGUGGCCGGGCUCGGGGGUAGGGGUGGGGGUCCCUCUCACCCCGCAGCACGCCCCCACCGCGGCCGCCCAACUUCCCCGCCGAAGUUUGCUCCCGCCCGGGGCUCGGCCGCAGCUCGGCCCGGCCUCCGGACAGAGGGAGGUAAGGAGGGAGGAGAAAGACAGAGAGACGGAGGGACGGGGCCGGGGAGCCGGCGAGGGAGGGAGCGCGCGAGCCAGCGAGCGAGGGAGCAAGCGCGGGGGCCCCGGCGAGGGCUCACAAUGGCCCGGGGCGAGGCGCGGACGAGGGAGGGGGAGGCGACCCUCGGGUCCCGCAGCCCCCGCGCGACAGGCCAGCCCCCCUCGCCGGUUCCCUUCCCCACGGCGCGAUGCCUAGGGUCUUCCUACCUCGGCGGCGGGGGCGGUCGGGCUCCCGGCUGCGGGCUCCGGCGGUCUGGGGGCGGCGGGAGAGCGAGCGGGGGAGGGGGCCGGGCGGGCGGGGGCCAGGGCCCGAGGCUCACGGGGCGCAGGCUCCCCUGGCACGGCCGCCCGGCGCCCGGCCGCUCCGCCACAUCUGCAGCUCCGGCAGGGAAGGUGGCCGCGGCGGCCGGGCCGUGCGGGGAUGUCUUAGAGAGGGAGGGAGGAGGGAGGAGGGAGGCGGCGGGAGGAGGGACAGGCGGGCCGCGGAGGAGGGGUAGGAGGAGGGGCGCGGGGGGCGGCCUCCCUCCCUCCUCCCUCCCCCGCUGCUUCCCUCACUCCCGCCCUCCCAGCAAACCCCUCUCGCCGCCGCGGCCCCAGGUCCGGGGCGCCAGCUGCCAGGCGGGGCGUGCGCGUCGGGGGGAGGGGGCGGCCGGGAGCCGGCGCUGGGCCGGGGGAGGGGAGGAAGGGAGGGCGGCGCGGCCGGGGGAGCGGGCACCGGGAGGGAGGGGGCGCUGGGCCGCGGCCGAGCCGCGCGCGUCCUCCGCGGCCCCAUCCUUGGCUCAGUUCCAGGAACGCGCGGGCAGGGCCCGGCGGGCAGAGGCCCUGGCUCCGGAUUCGGGGCGGUGCAAGCCAGGGUUCGAGGUGGGCCUCAGCCCAUCCUUCCCGUCGGACGUCGGGCGGGUCCUCGCCCUGCCCUCGGCCUCAGGUUCCCGUGGAAUAAGGAGGAGGCCCCACCGCGGUCUUGGUCCCAGCAGUUGGGACAACCUGCAUUGUCAGGCCGAGCGCCGCUGGGGUCCUUGA